UCUGUGCUGCUUUGGAGCUGUCCAUCCAUUCAGUGCUGAAUCCCUCUCUCGCCUCCAAAGAGCCUGCAGGACGCGCCUCCUUCUCCUCCUCCUCCUCCUCCUCCUCUUCUUUUUCCUCCUUCUCGAUUCCGAGUCGGAAGCCUGUCCGCGUGUGGACCUCCCCCCCGAGGCUCCUUUUCGCGUGUUAGACUCGCUUUAGCACCGCUUCCCAGGGAGCCCAGACCCUCUCCAAAGCGUCCCUUAGGUGCCCAAAAGACGCACGGAUUUGGACACAAAGGAGAAGCGCCUCCAAGUUGAAGUUGAAGGAGGAGGAGGAGGAUUCAAGGCAGGGAAACGUCUCCUUCUCCAUCCCAAGAGCUGAAGGACUUUGCUCUCCAAGAAGGCUUGGUUGAAGUUCAAGAAGGAAGAGGAGGACCAAGGCAGGGAAGCAUCUCCUCCUCCAUCCCAGGAGCUGAAGGACUUUGCUCUCCAAGAAGGCUUGGUUGAAGUUCAAAAAGGAAGAGGAGGACCAAGGCAGGGAAGCAUCUCCUCCUCCAUCCCAGGGGCUGAAGGACUUUGCUCUCCAAGAAGGCUUGGUUGAAGUUCAAGGAGGAAGAGGAGGACCAAGAUAGGGAAGCAUCUCCUCUUCCAUCCCAAGAGCUGAAGGACUUUGUUCUCCAAGAAGGCUUGGUUGAAGUUCAAAGAGGAAGAGGGGGACCAAGACAGGGAAGCAUCUCCUCCUCCAUCCCAAGACCUGAAGGACUUUGCUCUCCAAGAAAGGUUGGUUGAAGUUCAAGGAGGAAGAGGAGGACCAAGGCAGGGAAGCAUCUCCUCCUCCAUCCCAGGAGCUGAAGGACUUUGCUCUCCAAGAAGGCUUGGUUGAAGUUGAAAGAGGAAGAGGAGGAUUAAGGCAGGUAAGCAUCUCCUCCUCCAUCCCAGGGGCUGAAGGACUUUGCUCUCCAAGAAGGCUUGGUUGAAGUUGAAAGAGGAAGAGGAGGACCAAGGCAGGGAGGCAUCUCCUCCUCCAUCCCAAGAGCUGAAGGACUUUGCUCUCCAAGAAGGGUUGGUUGAAGUUCAAGGAGGAAGAGGAGGACCAAGGCAGGGCAGCCUCUUCUUCUCCAUCCCAGGAGCUGAAGGACUUUGCUCUCCAAGAAGGGUUUGGUUUCAGCUUCUUCUGGGAGUCCCCCUUCUUUGGGAGGAAGAGGUUUCCAGAAGGGUCAGGAGAAGGUGGCCUCACCUCUUCUUGGAAGGAGCAAGUGGGCAUGGGCAAGCCACUGGCGACCCUGGAAGAGUGAGCAAGAGCCAGAAGGAAGGGAAAGAAGAGAGAAGGGUCCCAAGCAAGGUGUGGGGUAUUCCCCCCAAGAGGAAGCCCCCAGCUCCCCCUUCUCCACCCACUUCUCUUAUGGCUUGAAGGCAGGUCCCAAACCUGGAGGGCUCUUCUUCUUCAUGGAUUCCCCCAACAUGUCCUGGUAUGAUGGCAUCUAUGAGAACAGAAGCCUCAAUGAGUCUGGCCCAGAACCAAAGCCUGCCCACGAGUACAACUACUACGCCAUGCUCCUCACCCUCCUCAUCUUCGUCAUCGUCUUUGGCAAUGUCCUGGUGUGCAUGGCCGUGUGUCGAGAGAAGGCUCUUCAGACCACCACCAACUACUUGAUUGUGAGCCUUGCAGUGGCGGACCUUCUGGUGGCCACUCUGGUGAUACCAUGGGUGGUCUAUUUGGAGGUGGUUGGGGAAUGGCGAUUCAGUCGCAUCCACUGCAACAUCUUUGUGACUCUGGAUGUUAUGAUGUGCACUGCAAGCAUCCUCAACCUUUGUGCCAUCAGCAUUGACAGGUACACAGCCGUGGCCAUGCCAAUGCUUUACAACACUCGCUACAGCUCCAAGCGCAGGGUCACCGUCAUGAUCUCGGUGGUGUGGGUCCUCUCCUUCGCCAUCUCCUGCCCCUUGCUUUUUGGGCUCAACAACACAGAGGAGAAUGAGUGUAUCAUUGCCAAUCCUGCCUUUGUUGUGUAUUCCUCUAUCGUCUCCUUCUACGUUCCCUUCAUUGUCACCCUGCUGGUGUACGUGCAGAUAUACAUAGUGCUGCGGAAACGCAGGAAGCGGGUCAACACCAAACACGUCGGCACCCACCUGGGCCCGGACUCUGACACGCAGGCCCCACUGAAGGACAAAUGCACGCAUCCAGAAGACGUCAAGCUCUGCACGCUCAUCUUGAAGACCAAUGGUAGCUUCCCGCUUCAUAAACGUGGCGAGUGUGAGAUGGAGAUGGCCACCAGCACCAGCCCACCAGAGAAGAGCAAACAUAAGCCGUCGGUGCCAAGUCACAGCGAGUUAGCUGUGCCGGCCCCUUCCCACAUGUGUGCCAACUCCACGCUGAAGUCUCCAAUGGACAGCCCACUUCAAGUCGCAAAGAACGGGCACACGACAGACAACCCCAAAACAGCCAAGGCCUUUGAGAUCCAGACCAUGCCCAAUGGCAAGACACGGACUUCCCUCAAGACCAUAAGUCGGAGGAAAUUCUCACAGCAGAAGGAAAAGAAAGCCACGCAGAUGCUUGCCAUUGUGCUUGGUGUCUUCAUCAUCUGUUGGCUCCCUUUCUUCAUCACCCACAUCCUGAACAUGCACUGUGACUGCAACAUCCCCCAGGCCAUGUACAAUGCCUUCACGUGGCUCGGAUACGUCAACAGCGCCGUCAACCCCAUCAUCUACACCACCUUCAACAUUGAGUUCCGAAAGGCCUUCAUGAAGAUCCUCCACUGCUAGCUUCCCCUUGAGGACCAAGCGCAUGGAUAGCAUCGUCAUACUAUGGGGAGGUCUUGUGAAGAGAACUUCUGUGGUGUGGUAUCUCUAAGGAAGCACACACAGGGUUCCAAGUGUGCCGUGUGAUUUUUCAGCCAGCAGUUGUGGUCCGAGACUUCCUCGUUCUCAUGGUGAUGUGUGGAUUCUGAGGGACCGUCACAAAAAGUGUUCAUUUCCAAUGCAACCUCUGCACUGUGCUUUUUAACACAAAGAAAGGAAGCAAGGAGACCAACAGCAGCAUUUGCUUGUGGCCAGCAAGGCCUUCAGUGCAUUAAUCACAUGACUUGUAGAGGAACGCAACUAUGGGAGACUCUUUGACUUAUUCCCGUGUUGCUGUUACUGGUACGUUUCUCACCAAAGACACCGUCACCUUGUCUGCUUUGCAAUAGGAGAUGCUCCCACACACUGGAUUGAUUUUUUUCUGUAAAAGCCAGCACUCCUAGGAAUCAUGUCCAUUGGAAUGGCCUUCAGGCUUUGAACUGAAUGCUUGGGUUCUUGGUCAAGUCUUGGUGGAGACAAAUUCACCAAAGGUUUCGACCAGCCCAACCACCGUUACCCUAUGAUUUUCAGAGCGGUGAAUGUACGAAAAUGGAAUCUCAGGGCAGAGUAGGAAAGGAAAAAAAAAAACUACAACGACUGUAUCAUACUAAUGUAUAUAUGGAGGGAGGGGGGAAAUGGAAGGAACUGAGCCGAAGCCCAAGCCAAAAAAAAAAAAAAAAGGUGUUCCAAAACUUGUCUUGCAUGGUAUGCACUACAUUUGAAAAAGCCAUCUUCACUUGAAGUUCUAGGCAAUGGUUGUUUCAGAUCCUCCAUCAUCAUCAUCAUCAUCAUCAUCAUUGUAUUGUUGAAGGCUUUC